AUGAGUGUGAAAACAGUUGCAGUGAUUGGCUCUGGAGUCAGUGGACUAGGUGCCAUUAAGAGCUGCUUGGAGGAGGGACUUCAGCCUGUUUGUUUUGAAAAGAGCAAUGACAUCGGAGGACUGUGGCGCUAUGAGGAGGUACCAGAAAGUGGAAGUCCUGGGAUUUACAAAUCUUUGACCUGCAACACUUCCAAGGAGAUGACCGCCUUCAGUGACUACCCUUUCCCUGACCACUACCCCAACUAUAUGCAUAACACCAGAAUGAUGGAGUAUCUCAGGAUGUAUGCCAGGCACUUUGGGCUUAUGAACCAUAUUCAGUUCCAGUCAAAGGUAUGCAGUGUGAGGAGGUGCUCUGAUUUCUCAUCCUCUGGCCAGUGGGAGGUUGUGGUAGAAUCUGAUGGGAAGCAGAAAACGCACAUCUUUGAUGGAGUUAUGAUCUGCAGUGGUCACUACAACAAGAAGAAUUUGCCCUUACAGGAUUUUUCAGGAAUCCAGAGGUUCCAAGGCAGAUAUCUCCACAGCUGGGAGUACAAGCACCCAGAUAGCUUUGUGGGGAAGAGAGUGCUUGUGAUUGGCAUCGGGAAUUCUGGAGCAGAUGUGGCUGGAGAGAUCAGUCGUGUUGCUGAACAGGUUUUCCUUAGCACAAGACGAGGUGCAUGGAUAUGGAAUCGGGUGUGGGAAAAUGGAAAUCCCUUGGACACCUUCCUUUUCACUCGGUAUCACAGAGUCAUCCUAAAAAUCUGCCCCAAAUUCCUGAUCAACAGAUGGGCAGAGAAUAAACUAAAUGCAAGGUUUAACCAUGCCAAUUAUGGGCUACAGGCUACACACAGAUUUCUCAGCCAUCAACCUACCUUCAGCGAUGACCUGCCAAAUCACAUAAUCACUGGGAGAGUGAUGAUAAGACCACACGUGAACGAGUUCACCGAGAUGUCGGCCAUCUUUGAGGAUGGCACUGAAGAGAACAUUGAUGCUGUUGUCUUUGCCACAGGCUACACAUUGUCAUUCCCUUUCUUGGACGAUGACUUAGCAAUCCUAGACAGUCAGCACUCCAUGUUUAAAUUUAUCUUCCCUCCUCAUCUGGAAAAGCCAACACUAGCUUUCAUUGGCAUCCUGCAGCCAGUAGGAGCCACCAUUCCCACCUCUGAGCUCCAAAGUCGAUGGGCUGUGAGUGUAUUCAAAGGACUAAAAAGACUUCCAUCACAGAGCUUCAUGUUGGCUGACAUCAACAGAAGGAAAAGAAAACUAGAAAAAGAAUCUAAAUAACUUCCUUCUGAUUCCAGGUUCGUGAAAAGCCCAAGACAUACAAGUCGAGUGCAAUAUAUUGACUACAUGGAUGAAAUUGCUUGUGAGCUAGGAGUCAAACCCAAUCUGCUCUCUCUUCUCCUCUGGGAUACAAAGCUGGCUAUAGAGAUUUUCUACGGGCCUUGCACCCCAUACCAAUACCGUCUACAGGGUCCAGGGAAAUGGGCUGGGGCUCGGUCAGCCAUUCUCACUCAGAGAGACAGGAUCCUCAAACCCCUAAGAACCCGUGUGCUUCCACAGUCUAGGGCUUCCUCCUUUGGUCUGUUUUGGGUGAAAAGUGUCUGGGUUAUCAUUUUUCUCUUUGUUUCCAUGUCAGUUAUAAUGAAAGUGAUAUAUAAUUAA